AUGUCUACUGCACCUAACAAAAGAGUACUUUUAGUUGAAACGAGACAUAAAAAAACUAAUACGGGCGAAAAAGCUUCUUUAAUGCUUAAACGUGAUGGUGUUUCUGUGAAAACUCUUGAAGAGGAAGUAUCAUUACUUUCAUCUCUACUAUCAAAGACGCCAUGUUAUCAUCCGCCUACUUUUAAUAAUGGUACGUGUGACUUUAAUUCGACGGUUAUCCUGAUCUCUUUUGAUGGAUUUCGAGCAGAUUAUUUGGAAAGAGGACUUACACCAGUGUUGAGCAAGUUUAUACAUGAUGGAAUUAGAACGGAAUAUAUGAUUCCUUCAUUCCCAUCGGUUACCUUUCCCAAUCAUUACACUAUAAUCACGGGCCUUUAUCCUGAAUCACAUGGUAUAGUGGGAAACGAAUUCUUCGAUCCGGAACUAAAUGAUUCAUUUGAUUACGCAAAUCCGGACAAACGCCUACAGUCAAAGUGGUGGGGCGGAGAACCGCUUUGGGUCACUGCCGAAAAACAAAAUCAGAAAUCCGGCGUGAUAAUGUGGGCAGGUUCUGAAGUCAAGAUCAAAGGUUAUCUACCAACUUACCUUAUUCCGCAUAAACGAAACGUCACACCGAAAGAUAAAGUGGCCAAAGUAAUGGAAUGGUUAGAUCUUCCAACCGAGAAGAGACCUACAUUUAUUGCCGUUUAUGUAGGUCAGCCGGAUUCGGCAGGUCAUCGUUACGGUCCGUAUUCAAAACAAGUUGACGAUGCGUUGAAAUCGGUUGACGAUAUGACAUUUGAUUUGUUGAAUGGUUUGGCUAUACGAAAUUUAACAGAAAUUGUUAAUGUCAUUAUCGUAAGUGAUCAUGGUAUGUCACAAACUAAUCCCACCAAUUUAAUAUCUCUCGAUGACUUCAUCGACACCUCACUAAUACAUCCAGUCGAAGGAUUUCCAUUGGGCGGUAUACGUCCAUAUAACGACGAUGAUAUCCCCGAAAUAUACGCGACACUACGAAAAGCAAGUCACGACAAAAACUGGGAAUGUUAUUUGCGUCAUCGAAUUCCCAAGAGAUUCAAUUUCCGUGCCUCGAAACGUAUAAGUCCUAUUUUGUGUAUUCCAACACGUGGGUGGGUGAUUUCCACCAAGCGUGAUUUUACUUUUGAUGUUGUUCCACCGGGCUUGCAUGGUUACGAUCAUUUAAUUCAUGAUAUGAAAGCCAUCUUCUUGGCACAUUUAGACUUAGAAACAGCGUUGAGACACUAUCUCACACUAUUAAACCCUUCCAAAAUGUAG